AUGGCAGAAGCAGCUUCAGAUUCAUCUCGUUCCACCGCCGGAGGUCCUAAAUCAGCCCCAGCCCUGUUCAAUCGCCCAGAUGCGGAUGUCAUCCUGUCAUCUUCAGAUAACACCAACUUCCGCGUAUAUCGCCAGAUCUUGACGUUGGCGUCGCCCUUCUUUGAGACCAUGUUCAGUCUACCUCAAUCGACAACGUCUUCCUCUAGCCCGCCUCCUAUUAUCCCAGUUGAAGAGGACGCCCGUACACUGGAGGAUCUGCUACGCAUCUGCUAUCCAGUCCGGGACCCGCAGCUGCAAAUUCAUGUGCUGACGGACUGGCAGCACAUCAGCAAUGUCACCCAUGCCGCGCUGAAGUACGAUAUGGUGCAGGCUGUAGAUUUCAUGAAGGCCAAGCUGACGGCAGGCGUGGAGUCCUCUCCUCUACCCGUAUUCUGCGUUGCAUGCAAGCAUGGAUUCGAAGGUGUCGCACACGCUGUCGCAAGCAAGCUCGUAGCGCAGAAUGCGCCACUCAGCAUCGGGGAUUUACGCGGUGUCUAUGUGUCCCAAUUGGAGGACAUUCCCACUGGAUGCUAUUACCGGCUUAUGCACGCUAGCAACACUUACUCCGUCGAUCACCUUGAGUUCUGCCGGCAGCGUGACGCCAAACAAGACCUCAAGGCCCAACAGGAAUCGGACGUUGUUUAUCGGGUCCGCGACGCCGCAACCGACAACCUAGGGCAGCAUACGCUGCGGAGCGUGGACGCUGUUUGUUUCAGCGUAUCGCAAGAGACCUUUGCCGUAUUCCAGUCUCAAGAUCCAACCGCGCUCGGCGCGGACGACGACGCUGAGCAGAGUUGCAAGUUGGAUCCCACAAUCCUGUCGCUGCCAGAGGAUAGUAGGACGCUAGAACUGUUGCUGCAGCUCGAGACCCAAGACAUGAACGAUCACGCGACGGCCGCAUCGUGCCUCCGGGCUUCUGCAAAGUACAGCACAAAACGAGCACACUCUGCUCUCGCGAAACGGUGGCUCGAAUUGUCCGUCGAAUCUCCUCUGCGUUCGUAUCUCAUCGCUUCUGCGUAUGGUCUGAAGGACGAAGCGAUCGAGGCAGCGAGACGGCUCCUGUCGUGGACUAGCCAAGACCUCCGAAGAGCGUACGACCCUGUGAUGGAGGACGUCUCGGCCGGCCACUACUUCCGUCUUCUACAGUACCACGAUAAGUGCGCGGCAGCGGCAGAUGGAGCGGUGCGCAAAUCUUGGGCGAGGGCGUUCGUAGGAGACGUACCACGACACUGCCCUGGAGGCUUGUGUUCGCGCACGCUGACGAAUGCGACGGCAUCGCGCUGGGCCGAUACUUGCUUGGCUCGCUUCAAGGCACUACGCGAUCGUCCGCGCAAAGCUGUUUCGGACGACGCGAUUCUGAUCGGGGAGUUGUGCGUCCAGGUUGGAAGCUGCUCGAGCUGCGUCGAAUGCGUAUCGCACAUCGACAUCGUACGAUUGCUGGCUGCUUUCACUGAGGCUAACGAAGAAAGCACGACCAUGCCGAUUCCACGAGUGGCACCAUGCGGGAGUGACCUCGUUUGCUGCUCCAGUGUCACUCGCUUCUUGAAGAUUGCGUCGAACGUCUGCCUAGGGGAGAUUAAGAAGCCACAGUGUUUGUACCCACAUUGUAUGCGAAGCAAGCUAUUCUGCUUCAUCUCGUGUAUGCGUACUACGCAGAUUUCCAUGAACGGGCCGCCCAACUCUUGCUCCUGCAUUGUUUUCUGCGGCAUCGAUACCUGCCAAAUGCGGUUGCGGCACUGCAUAAACGCCCUGCUGGUUUCCAAUAAGACGAUCGACGACGCGAGCAGUCCGAACAUGACGACCGACUGCGCAGAUCUACCCCAGUUCAAAGCACCCUAUGACCGAACAGAUGGCGACGUGAUCUUCCGCUCUUGCGACAACAUCUCGUAUAGGGUCCAUCGUAACAUCCUGACGAUGGCGUCGCCUGUCUUUGCAGACAUGUUCAGCCUUCCCCAGCCCUCCAAAUCUCCGGUUCCAGCGGCCGAUCAGCUCACUGCCUUCCCUCCGGCGGUCGUCGAUCUGACGGAGGAUGGCAAGACCAUACGUGGAUUGUUGGAUGCCUGCUACCCUUUCGGCGAUCCCAUUCUCGACGAUCUCGACGCUGUACGUAGCGUGUUAGAAGCAGCGAUGAAGUACGAGGUUGCCAAGGCCACCCAGUUCGGCGAGCGGAAGUUGCAGGCCUUCGUAAUUCGCGAGCCGCUGCGCGUCUUCGCAAUCGCUUGCCGCCUGAACUUCGAAGAGAUGGCCAAGUCUGCUGCUGAGCAAGCCCAUUCGCAAUCAAUAUUCAAGCAGGGGAUGGUAUAUGUGGAGGAGCUCGACAAAGUACCAGCAGGGUGCUUCCAUAGGUUGCUGCAGUACUACAGACGACGAGGCCAGUGGCAGGAGCUCGAGUUCUGCACGGCGCAUGCGCAUGGCAGGAAAUCUAAGAAAGAGAAGAAACGCGGGAAACGCGGAAUCCUGGCUUCGCCACGGGCCUUGCUGGCUCCGCCAGGGCCCGUCUCGGGUGCUCCGCCGCCAUUCGAUUCUCCUGAAGCCGACGUAGUCAUCACGACUUCGGACAAUGUCUGCUUCCGCGUGCAAGCGACAUUCAUCUCAAUGGUUGCUCCUGGGCUCGCGGACAGACUUCCCGCUCGUGCGACAUUGGACACGAACGUGAAGGAGGGCUGCGGAGAUCAACACGUCUCGGUGGAGGAGGAUAGUAGGACGCUUGCAGGUCUACUGCAUCUCUGCCACCCCACGGCCACCUUGGAUAUACCAGCGGACGAUUUUACUUUCAUAGCCCUCUUAGCGGGUGCAGCACGGAAGUAUAGGGUGGAGAAGGCCAUAUGGUUCAUGAAGCUCCUUUGGCCACGCUACAUCCCACUCGACCCUUUCCGAGCAUACGUUCUUGCAUCUUCUUACGGCUGGACGGCGGAGGCGAGAAAUGCUGCGGAUGCGCUGCUGUCCAAAACGAUUGAGCAUAUCGAAGCCGCGUACACACCGGCCUUGGAGGACAUAUCGACCCGGCUCUACUACCGUCUCCUGACCUAUCAUGCCAGUUGCAGGGACGCCAUCAUUGCCAUCGGCUCACAGACGACCGCCUGGCUCGAUGACGCCGCAAGAAAGAGCAUUCAUUGCAACAGCUGUCACCACUAUGUGAAUGGGCAGCCGACGGGAUGGGUUCUCCGAGCGAUUUCCGACGCUGUUGAACGCAUGCACCAACGCCCGUCACCGCAGACGAUUAAGGAGUACACAGCCAUGUCCCAUAUUUCUGCUAUGAUUCAAGACGGUUGUGGUUCUUCGCAAUGUUAUCCCCCGUCGCGCUCUUGUAUCACUUUCUGUGACUCCAUUGCCUCCAAAGUCCAAGAAGUGAUCGCCAAAGUGAGAAAUCGGUUACUGUCACAUAGUGGUGCACUGACGUUUUGCUCUCAUGAAGGUAGCUUUCGAUAG